AUGGAUUUCAUUUGUCCGCGAAUCGACCGGCUGAUAUCGUGUUACACGUGCGGCGCGCAAUCGUUACCGCCGUUUCAGCUGUGCGAGGCGUCGCACGUCAACUGUCCGCCGUGCUCGAAGCACAUGGCGCGAUGCGCGUGCGGCGGCCGGUUCGCGCGCGGGCCGCACCUGCUCCUGGACUGGAUGGUGUCCGCGUUAAAGUUCAAGUGCAAGUACCGGGCCGGGAUCGCUACGGGCGGCGGCGGCGGCGGCGGCGGCAGCGGCGACGACGCCUGUCCCCUGAACCGGUGGUACGCGGUCCACGAACUCCGCGAACACUACCGGCACGAGUGCACGCGCAACGCGUUCCCGUGUCCGUGGAACGAUUGCGAUCACGUGGCCCGCAUCGAGACCGCCGCCGACCACUACGAGGAGGCGCACGGCCCGUUCCAAGCGCUGAUUCCCACCGACGUGGACCGUUGGCACGACGUACAGUUCAUCAUACCCCCGUCGUAAGUGUCUCGUCGCCGUGUUACCACUGUUACCGCCAUCGUCAUUAUCGCUGUCACCCGCACCGUCGGUUGUGUCGUUGUGGCGAAAAACUAUCGGUAAACGGUCAUUAACCGAAAACGUUACACGUUUGACCGCGAUCGUUUCUGCGAUACCGUCCGGUGUUGUAAAACCGCAAUACAGGUUCGAUCGGUUUAACAAUCGCAACGCGUUAUAUUUUUUUUUUUUUUUUUUUUAUGGCGACGCGAGCGCCGACGAUAAUUUGUCGAGUGUCCGUGUUCGUUGUUAUUCGUGCGCUAGGUACAAGUCACGUUCGAUUGUAGAAACACGUGUGACCGGAGUCAAUAACGAUUCUCGGGUAGAUUUCGUCGUGCUGCCGGGACCGCGGGGGCCCGGGGCCUAAAACGGAUGAGUAGAGAGAGAGAGAGAAAAAAAUCAUCGGCAAAAGAUACCAGUAGUAACGCUCGUACGAAAGACCCGGGGCUACGGCCCUCUACCCCUAACACCCCCCUCCUCCCCCUUAUCGAUCACCAACCACCGACAAUUAUCCGGGGAAACGGGGGGCGGGGGGCGGAAAAAAUCAAAACUUGACGGGCGCAAAAUCAGAACACCAUCCGGUUUUUUCGCGGAGAAGCUCAAAUUUCGGCAUGGGGGUCCAGAGUCCGUUGGCUCCCCACACUCCCGGCUGCGUGCCCGAUCGGUUUGCGUUCCCGUAUAUCCGCUUGGGACGCGAGUUGUCCUCCCGACGGAACGUCCAAAACGAACAAACAUUAUGCGAAUCGUAAAACAGAACAACGCGUUCGGGUGCGGGGAUAAUAAUGUAAAUAUAACGUUUCUCGGGGUAACGUAUUGAAGUAACGGACCAACGAACAAAUUACGUUCCCCCCACCCCCGAGUUCCGUGUGUAACACUGUACGAUUGUGUGGGCGAAACCCGCCGGGGACAAUAACGCUAUGUGUUUUUCUUUCUGCGCAGGACACGGGCCGACUUCGUUAAAAAAAUAUUCAACGGCUAUUUCAUGUUCACCAUGAAGUAUCCGACGUCGCCGUACCGCCGGAAGCACCCGCACCUCAAACCUCAAAUCACCAUGCGAAACCUCAAUCCGGCGGAUCAGUUGCAGUACACGCACGAUUGGGAAUGGGACAUGUUCAGAAAAGUCAUUAUAGUCACCGUAACCAUAAGGGAGUUGUACGAUAACUGUUGA